GGCCAGUUCCCCAGCGCCAGCCGCUGUCGAGAUCGACUUGCCGGCUAGCUCGCUCGCUCGCUCUCUCAUUCCGGGGCACCCCGAAGGCGCGCGAUCGCGAUCUGGGGCGUCCCCGCCCCGGCCUCUCCCGGAGCCAUGAACCCCAACUGCGCCCGGUGCGGCAAGAUCGUGUACCCCACGGAGAAGGUGAACUGCCUGGACAAGUUCUGGCAUAAAGCAUGUUUCCACUGCGAGAUCUGCAAGAUGACGCUCAACAUGAAGAACUACAAGGGCUACGAGAAGAAGCCCUACUGCAAUGCACAUUACCCCAAGCAGUCCUUCACCAUGGUGGCUGACACCCCGGAGAACCUCCGCCUCAAGCAGCAGAGCGAGCUCCAGAGCCAGGUGCGCUACAAGGAGGAGUUUGAGAAGAGCAAAGGCAAAGGCUUCAGCGUGGUGGCCGACACCCCUGAGCUCCAGAGAAUCAAGAAGACCCAGGACCAGAUCAGCAAUAUCAAAUACCAUGAGGAGUUUGAGAAGAGCCGCAUGGGCCCCAGUGUGGGGGACAGCCUGGAGCCCGAGCGCAGAGACGUCCAGGACAGUGGCAGCUACCGGCGGCCCCAGGAGCAGCAGCCGCAUCACAUCCCCACCAGUGCCCCGGUCUACCCGCAGCCCCAGCAGCAGCCCGUGGCCCAGUCCUAUGGCUACAAGGAGCCCGCGGCCCCCGUCUCCAUACAGCGCAGCGCCCCAGGCGGGGGUGGAAAGCGGUACCGCGCCGUGUACGACUACAGCGCCGCCGACGAGGAUGAGAUCUCCUUCCGGGACGGGGACACCAUCGUCAACGUGCAGCAGAUUGACGACGGCUGGAUGUACGGGACCGUGGAGCGCACGGGUGACACGGGCAUGCUGCCGGCCAACUACGUGGAGGCCAUUUGAGACCCGGCCAUCUUCAGUAUCUUCCAGAGCAUUCCAUGCCUCCAUCACCCCCUUGGGCCCACCCGCCCCCCAUUGUCUCUGCUAUCCCCAACCUGCAACAGCAUCUCUCUUCCCACCCUCCUUGACUCCUUCAUCUGCCAGGUUCUCCCCCUACCCCACUCCACCCCUCCUUGGUUCUCUCUGGACUGGAGUGGGGCACUUCUCUCUGUGGGAGGCUAGGCCCCUAGGGCUGGUCUGGAAUGGGGUACCUGAGCCUCAACCUUCUCUCUUUACUGCCCCCUCAUACCCUCCGGCCCACCUCCCACACAUGGAACAUUCCAGAGCUGGAUGAACCCAGACACCCAGAACCCUCAGACAUUUCCUAGCUGGGACCCCACCUGGCGUGGGCAUGGGGUAGGACCCCCCUCUUAGGCAGGGCCCAGGCAGGGCUUUUGCCUUGGGGUGCAUUUCUCCCCAUGUGGCGUCCCUUUCACACUGUGAUUUUUGACCCCCAGACCUGGUAUGGGGGAGCCCCCAAGGGUGGGGGGUGAGCAGGUGCAGGAAGGGGGACAAGGUAUUUGCUUCCAUAGCCCUUUUCCUCACACCCCUACCACCUUAAAUAUCCAGGGGCCCAGAUUUGUCUUCUUGGCUGUGGUCCUGAAAGGUGGGUGGAGGCCAGGAAGUUGUGGGCCAUUUGUCCUGCUCUUGGGCUGGCUCCUGAGAUGGGUGGGUGUCAGGGUCUGGCACCCCUGGUCCUUGGGGAGAUGGCUCGGAGCCUCAUGGCCUCAUUCCCUCCUGCUCCCAGCUGUGUGGAGCCUCCGGGAGUUGGUGUGAGUCAGCCAGGGAGAGUAGAGCCAGGGAGUAGCCUGUUGGUUUGGGGCUAUUGAUUAAUGCAAACCCCACACCCCAUAGUUUCCUCAGAACCCACAAUGAGGUUUACAGCCCUGGUUCCCUGGGAAAGGGGCCUCUCGGUCCCCACAUGGAGGAUGCCCCUUUAUCCCAUCCCCUCUGGGUGCUGGGCUACAUAGUAAGGGUUUGAUGGGCUGGAAGAACUGGUUGGGGGCCUAUACCAGGAGAGAAGAAGAAUCUGAAAGCUGCAUUCUGUCCCUCACAACUUGUUUGCCUAUCUCCAGAGUUAGGGGUGCAGGCUCCUUUCUGGGCCUCCCCCCAAACCCCCAGAAGCAGAGGGAGUUCCCAGAGCAGCAGAACUGGAAGCACAGGUCCUGGGCAAAGGGAAGCCGGUGCUAUCUCUAAGUCCCUCGUCCCCCUGGGGCCAGGACCACCAUGUCCAGCUGGCUUCGUCUCUGCGCUU